CCCCAAAAGAAAAGCGAACCAAUAAAACAUUCAAAAACCCACCAAAUUGAACAACACCUAACAUUCAAAUCUACCAGUUCCUCAUCCUUGGUCUGAGAAUAGACUAGCAGGUGCCACAAACAUCCAACACCCAUUUCAACAAACGAAGCUGCUCAAACUCUCCGCAAAUAGCAGAGCAGAAAAGCAGAUAGAAAGAAACCCAACCAGUUAGUUCCUCAUGCUUGAUUGAGGGAGAGAUGGGGCUGGUAAUGUACUGGUAUGACAUAGUGUGUGUGGGAAUCGUGGUAGCUGCAGUGGUGGGAGCAAUAGUGGUGCUGAUUCAGAACGAAGGGAAGGGAAUAAAGGCAUGGUCAGGGCAAGGAGAGCCCAAAUAUGAGAGCCUUGCUCUGCCCGCAUUGGAGGAGGAUCAGGAGGCGCAUUACACCAAGGGAUUCGUCUCCUCUAUGUGUCUCUGGAUGACCUGCUGGAGAUGUCUUCAUCCUGCGAUUCUCGGGGUUUUUCGCUUUGUGGCCUUCAUCAUCAUGCUGCUCCUGCUCAUCUGGGAUAUCAAGAUCUGGACUUUAACCAUCUUCGCCUACUACACAGAGUGGACCUUUACCUUAUGCAUUAUUUACUUUGGGUUGGCUACUUUAGUUUCAGCACAUGGAUGUAGUCAAUUAGCCAGAAGAUAUUUUACAAAAAAUGAAAAUGAAAGAGCCAAGUUCUUGAAGAGAAAUCCAGAAGAAGAAGAAAAUAUUUCAGAAAUAGAAAAUCAAUUAGAAAGAGGCUUACUCAAAAUAAAUAGCCAUCAAGAAUGGGAACAACAACAAAAAAAGAGAGCUAAUUUUUGGGGCUAUGCAAUGCAAAUUAUUUAUCAGACAUGUGCAGGUGCUGUGAUGAUGACAGAUAUUGUUUUUUGGCUCGUAAUUGUCCCCUUUCUAAGAACUGAACGUUUCACUGUGGAUUUUUUGAUGGGAAGUAUGCAUACGGUUAAUGCUAUAUUUCUCUUCAUUGAUGGUGGUCUCAACAGUAUGCGCUUCCCCUGGUUUCGAGGUGCAUAUUUCGUGCUAUAUACUUCACUCUAUGUCAUUGUCCAAUGGAUUCUCCAUGCAUGUGGUAUGACUUGGUGGCCAUAUCCAUUCCUUGAGCUCUCAACAGCCUGGGCUCCAUUAUGGUACUUUUGUUUGGCUAUUGUGUGUAUCAUAUGUUAUGGGAUAUUUGCUUUGUUUAUAAAGCUCAAAGAGUCUUGCUUCCCAAAAUGGUUUCCCUAUGCAUAUCAAUGUUUAUAUUGAUAAUUUGUUUGAAGUGCUUGCCAAAGAUGUAUAAAUUAAUCAAAGAAUAUCCCCACAUGGUUUCACCUCUUUAUUAUAAAUUAUAUAUCGAAAGCAUGCUAUUGUUAAAUGAGGAAUUCAUUGAUGUUCAUAUGUAAACUUUGGAGAACCAACUAUAAUUUGUUGGAUUUUGUAACAAAUAUAAUCAAAAGUUUAUUUUUUGAUCGGA